GACUUAUUAUAAACCAUGUUUUCCUCUCCCCAGUACCUCAUUGUGCACCAGAACGCGCAAGUGGCGGCUUACAACGACCUGAAAGAGAAUAAAAACAACGUUUUGCUUGGAGGAAAAGAAACACUUCAAAACACCUUUUGGUCAAGCAGAGGAAAGGCAGACGUCAAGAUGAGGAAAGUUAUUUUGCUGUUAAUGAAUUUGGCUGUUUUUGCAAUGGUGAUCAGCUCCGUCGACUCCGAUCUUACUGUCAAGGGAAGUAACUGUCAGAAAGCUGGAGGAGAAUGCUAUCGCAACAGAAGGGCGAACAAAAUUUGUAAGAAAUAUGAUGACGAUGCCAACGACUGCGGACAAUCCAGCAAGUGCUGUCUAGUGACGACCGGUCGCCAGCUAGGGAUCACAGGAAAAGCAAAUAAAUGUACGGAAUCCUGCGACGUCGGAACUUGCACGCCGAAGAACGUGUGGGGGAAAGGGUGGGACGAAUGUGGCAAGAGAUGUGUGUGCUGCACCAACGGUAAGUAUUUAUCUUAAAACGCGAAAAUGAAA